AUGGAAACUGGUGGCGCACUUCCGGUUCAGGAAAUCGGAUCGGGAUUUCAAAAACCCAUCAACCCAGAUAGGUUUGUAACGAUCGACGUCGAGAGCUUCUCCCAUGUUCUCCAAAAAGACUCAUCUUCGAGUCCCAGAAUUAAUUUGCAGAGAAGUGUUUCGAGGAAAGGAUCUCCAAGAAACAACAACGAGAGGAAACUCUGUUGUGAUGCAAAUGGUAAUGACAAGGAGACCUCGUUUCCUCAGUCUCCACUUAGAGGGUCAAGCACGCCGGAAAAGCCGAGUACCGUUGAGCCCAUUGAUCAUCAAGGCUCAACAAUGGCUGUUUCAUCCUCGCCGCUUCAUCAGAUAACCAUUACUACGUCUGCCGCCACGGCCGGUAAUAUGAUCUCCGAUCAAAAUAGAGAAAGACGAUUUGGUUUUGCAAGAAAGUCGAGUUUUAAACGCUCUCACGCUUCUUGGAUGCUUGAUCCGAAGAAAAUCGUCCUCUUCUGUGCAACUUUGUCAAGCAUGGGAUCAAUCUUGUUAAUCAUAUUUACUCUCUCGCUCAGCAAGUCUAGUCCCGGAGAUAUGCCUCUAGACUAA